GCAUAGGAAAGCAGAAGAGGAAGAGAAGGCGUGAAGACAUAUAUUAUACAUGGUGAAGGAAGGAGGAGGGGAGGGAUUGCGAGUGCUGGGGAAGUACGUGCUGGGGCGGACGCUUGGCGAGGGCAACUUCGGCAAGGUGAAGUACGCUAAGCACGUCGAAACCGGGCAGGCCUUCGCCGUCAAGAUCCUCGACCGCAGCCGCGUGCAGUCCCUCAACUUCAGCGAUCAGAUUAAGAGGGAGAUCGGCACGUUGAAGCUGCUGAAGCAUCCGAGUGUAGUCAGGUUACACGAGGUGUCAGCAAGCAAAACUAAGAUUUACAUGGUGCUUGAAUACGUAAAUGGUGGCGAAUUGUUCGACAAAAUUGCACUGAAGGGAAGGCUCUCGGAACGCGAGGGUCGGAAGCUUUUCCAGCAGCUGAUUGAUGCUGUAAGCUACUGUCAUGACAAGGGAGUCUACCACAGAGAUUUGAAGCCAGAAAAUGUUCUUGUGCAUGGAAAGGGCAACGUAAAGGUUUCAGAUUUCGGCCUCAGCGCCUUACCACAACAUGUUGGGAAUGAUGGGUUGCUGCAUACAACCUGUGGAAGCCCCAACUAUGUUGCACCUGAGGUUCUUAAAAAUAGAGGAUAUGAUGGUGCGAGAUCAGACAUAUGGUCUUGUGGUGUCAUCCUAUAUGUGAUUCUUACAGGGUCUCUUCCAUUUGAUGACAGAAAUCUUGCUGUGCUUUGUCAGAAGAUCUUUAGGGGGGACACAAAGAUCCCUAGGUGGCUCUCCCCUGAUGCUCAAGACCUGUUGAGAAGAAUGCUUGAUCCAAAUCCCAUCACAAGGAUAGAUGUAGCUGGGAUCAAAGCACAUGACUGGUUCAAGCAAGACUACACCCCAGUCAUCCCCAUUGAUGAUGAUGAUGAUGAUGAUGAUGAUGAUUUAGUUCCAUAUAGUGAACCAUCUUCCACUAAAAUGCAUAAUGAGUCAGAUGAAAAGGGAACUACUCCAACCCAAAUCAAUGCAUUUCAACUCAUUGGCAUGUCUUCCUCUCUUGAUCUCUCUGGUUUUUUUGAGAAAGAGGAUGUCUCAGAGAGGAAAAUAAGGUUCACAUCCAAUCAUUCACCCAAACACCUGUUUGAGAAGAUUGAGCAUAUUGUUACUGAAAUGGGGUAUCAAAUCCAUAGAGGACAUGGCAAACUGAAAGUUAGCCACCAAAUCAAGAGUUCGAAGUUCCCAAGGAUCUCUUCUUCACUCUCAGUUGCUGCAGAGGUGUUUGAGCUCAGUCCAUCUCUGUAUAUUGUGGAGCUAAGAAAAUCUCAUGGAGAUUCUUCAUUAUAUAGACAGUUGUGCACGAGGCUGUCAGGAGAUUUGGGUGUCCGCAAGAGCCAACAACACAUCUGCAAGGCGCUGUCGAUGCCGGAACUCAACAGUUUCAGAGGAGAUAUUAUUGAGGAUAGAGAGCAAGGAAACGAUAAAAUAGAAUAUUGUAAUGCAAUUAAAAGAUAAUGCUUUCAAUAAAAGAAAUUGAUAUAGAAACAAGAGGUAAGAUAUAGAACAUUUACAAGAUAUUCCCAAAUACAUACUCUCAUUUGCUUAUGAACUAUGAUCCUAUUUAUAAGACCUAAUAGUAAUUAUAUC